AUGAAGCAGCCCGGCACACGGAUCGAAGAUGUGACGGUUGGCUGGAUUUGUGCUCUCCAUAUUGAGCUUGCCGCUGCAAGAGAAGCUUUGGACGAAGAAUACGAACGCAUAGAUGAAGUGGCGCAAUACACUUUGGGACGCAUCGGCAGACACAAUGUGGUUGUGGCCAGCCUCCCAGCGGGUCAGCUCGGCACAAGUGCGGCUGCAGCCGUAGCCGUCCACAUGCAAAGGACGUUCCCUGCUCUCCAAUAUGGGUUCAUGGUAGGAAUUGCGGGCGGCGUUCCAAGCACGAGUGCAGACAUUCGCCUUGGUGAUGUUGUCAUCAGCCACCCACAGGGCCGUUAUGGGGGCGUCGUGCAGUAUGACUUUGGGAAGACCGGAUCUGGGGGGAGACAACUCUCAACCGGCUACCUCAACUCUCCACAUCCGGUCCUCCUGCAGGCCGUGGCAACAAUGCGAUCUACCAUGGCUGCUGGUCGCGGCAACAUCCGGUCUUACAUGUCUUCUCUAAACAAGCGCGGUCUAUUUCCCCGUCCUGCCCCAGAUACAGAGAGACUGUUCGACGCUUCCUAUGACCACGUCAUGGGUGUCACAUGCGACAAAUGCCUCAAAGACAAGAUGAUUGAAAGGGUUGUGAGAAAAUGCCCGGACGAGAUCGUCAUACACUUCGGGACAGUUGGGUCUGGAAAUCAAGUUAUCAAAGAUGGUUUGACACGAGAUCGUAUGAGCGCCGAACAUGGAGGCGUCCUAUGUUUCGAAAUGGAAGCAGCUGGCUUGAUGAACAUAUUUCCCUGCCUUAUUGUUCGAGGCAUCUGUGAUUAUGCUGACUCUCACAAGAACAAGAGCUGGCAGCCUUUUGCUGCCGCGGCUGCCGCAGCAUGCGCCAAGGAUAUCCUUUCCUACGUACCUACAGCCUCGCGAAACCCAGAAAAUGAACUAUAUCCCAAGCCGCCCAUGGUAUCCGAAGUCGGGACCUCAAACGACGGCGCUACGUUGUCACAAAUAAGCGAGGUAAGAAGUGGUGCGAACAGCAGUCGUUUAGCUGAGGAGGCCGGACUUGACCAGUCGUCACUAUUUACAAAGUCCUCGCUCACGGCCAAAGAGCUAGACACCUACCAUGAGGCCUUGGGCUUUCGUGAAAUCAAUGCCCGCCACGCCACCAUCCAAGAUGCACAUUCUGAGACCUGUAGCUGGCUUCUUGAACGGCCAGAAUAUCAAGAUUGGCUGGACUGGAACAAGCAGCCUGAGCACCAUGGGUUCUUCUGGAUCAAAGGGAUUCCAGGGACGGGCAAGUCGACGAUCAUGAAAUUUGCUAUGGAAUUCGCAAAGGGGCGGAUGGUUGACACAAUUGUGAUAAAAUUCUUUUUCAACGCGCGAGGCAGCGACCUUGAGAAAAGCGUGCUUGGAAUGUACCGAUCACUCUUGUUUCAACUCCUUGACGAACUUACGGAUCUCCGAGAGGUCUUCGCAUUACUCCCGCCGAAGUUUUCAGACGACCAGUCCUCGUAUGUAUGGGACGUGGAGGUCCUCCAGGGUUUGUUUGGCCACGCUGUGAAAAGGUUGGGCCAUCGCUCCCUGAUGUGCUUCGUAGAUGCUCUGGAUGAAUGUGAAGAGAGGCAAAUCCGAGAGAUGAUUACAUUCUUCGAGGACCUGGGCGACGUGGCAGCAGCGGCGGGGCUGAAACUACGGACAUGUUUCUCAAGCAGACACUAUCCCCACGUCACGCUGGCGCAUAGUGUUUCUCUCGUGUUGGAACACCAAGAAGGCCAUCAAAAUGACAUUGUCAAGUAUGUCAAUGGUAAGCUGAAAGGAACCCACGGCAGGCUCCUUGAUGAUGUAAAAAAGGAGAUCUGUCAAAGGUCAUCUGGUAUUUUCCUUUGGGUCGUCCUCGUGGUCCACAUCCUGAAGAAAGACGCCGAUGAUGGCCGCAUACAUGCAUUGAAGAAACGCCUGGACGAAAUCCCCGAUGGAUUGGACCGAUUGUUUGACGACAUGUUGACCAGAGAUAGCCACGAUGUGGAGAGCCUGAUUCUAUGCUUGCAGUGGGUCCUGUUUGCAAAACGGCCAUUAAAACCGAUCGAGCUCUUCUACGCCAUCUCGACAGGUGUCGAUCCCGAAUCGAUUGUGCAGAUAACACCCGACGACAUCGAUCCAGAAAGUAUUCGAAAUUUCGUCUUGAGAUCCUCGAAAGGACUUGCAGACAUCACCAAAGGCGAAGGGAAAACUGUCCAGUUCAUCCACGAAUCUGUGAGGGACUACCUUCUGAAGACGCAUAGCCUUGGACGGGUUCGGGCUAACCUCCCAUUCACUUUCACCGGGACUAGCCAUGAGAGACUGAAGAAGUGUUGUCAAGAUUACAUCGACAUCACCCUCCCUUCGGGUCCGGAGGACUCACUGCCCUUCAAGUAUCUGGCGAAGCUGGUUGAUGAUGGACCCCGCCUGACUUCGAAAUCCCAUCCGUUUCUAGAGUACGCGGUUCGCAGUAUACUAUUCCAUGCCGAGACCGCCGCUGAACAUGGAGUGGAACAGGAGGCCUUUGUCGAAGAGUUUCCCUGCAAACUCUGGGUGACACUAAGUGACCUUUUUGUCGGGGACAGCACUCAGCGUUAUCGUUCCUCCGUGAGCCCCUUGUAUAUUUUCGCCUACGAGUGCACCACCAAUCUGGUUAAGAUCGAAGCCAGAAGGGUACCACAGAUAGAUAUCAAGGGCGGGUAUUACGGUUAUCCACUGAACGCGGCAAUAGCCCGCAGGAACAUGCAAACCCUCGAUGCUCUUUUAAUAGCAGGAAGCAACGAUUUGACAUCCAACGACUCGAUUCAGGAUCCGGCAUUCUAUGUCACUGACGAGCAACGCAAGGCUGCCAUCAAGGACUGCUUGACGAGCGGCGUCGACAGGGAUCAAACGCUUUUGCGCUGGGCCGCGGAACAUGACAAAGUUGACUUGGUCAAGAUCUUGUUAGGCACCAAGAAAGUGGCCAUCGAGUCUAAGAGCGACCUGGGGGAGACACCACUGUCCCUCGCGGCUCGCUGUGGGCAUACAAGCAUAGUCAAGUUGCUGCUUCGGACCGGCAAUGUGGACAUGGAGUCCAAAAACGACUUUGGACAGACGUCAUUAUUGCAGGCUGCCAGUUGGGGACGCGAGGCAGUGGUGGAGACUCUGCUCGAGAGUGGCACGGUGGAUAUCAACUCGGCCGACUCAGAUGGCUUGACACCUUUAGCGUGGGCGGCACGCGCCGGACAUGAAUCAGUGGUGAGGCUUCUCCUCGAAACAGGGAAGGUUGACAUUGAAAGCAAAGACCUAAGCGGACGAACACCCAUGUCCUGGGCAUCAGCGAGGGGCAGUGCAGCGGUGGUAGGGCUGCUUCUGGUCUUUUGGGUCACAGCAAAUAUAUCAAAAGGCAAGACUUUGGACAUGGAAAGACUCGGGUUGAAUGCAAAGGACUUGCGAGGAAGCACACCUCUCCACGGCGCGGUUCAGGCCAAUGCUCUCGAGGUGGUUAAAUUCCUGGUCUCGCUCGACGAGGUGGAUCUUGAAGCUUGCAACAAGAAGAAUCGAACGCCGGUGCAGAUCGCCCAGAGUCUAGACUUCUUCGAAGUUACGGAGGUGUUACUGGAAGCCCAACGCGACCGAGAGAAACGACAAGCUUCUUAA